AAUGAAUAAAUAAUUACUUAGAAAGUAUUAUUUGGAGAUUAGGAACAGCAAUUUUCAUAAAUGUUUACGGGAUAUCUUCUUAAAAUUAUUUUUUAAUAUAAUUUUAAUUUGGUAGACGUCUAGUGUAAAUAACUCUGGAAAAAAGUGAAGAUUUAUUUUUUUUUUUCAGCAAAUAAAGAAACUAGAAAAGUUUAAGCCCUCUUAUUUUGGGGUAAAAAAUUCACCGGGAAGAAAGAUACUCCAUAGAUAAUUUCUUUUCCACUUUUCAUAUAGCCUGAAGAGAUGUACAGAUAGAUAGGAAGAGAGAAGCAGUGUUAGGAAAAGAGAAAAAGAAGGAACAUCACUCUCUUACCUUCUCUACCCUCUUUCUUUCUUAAAUGCCGCUAAGCCUAUUUUUCACAUCCUCUAACUUCCUGCCAUAUUUUUCCUUCCAACAUCCUUCCUUCUUCUACCUUUCUUGAAUAUAUACCUGCAAAACAAAUCACUUCAUUUUCUUCUUUAACUUCGCUGAUCUUAUCUUGUUCUCAUUUUAAACAAAAAUGGACGUAGCACGACGAGCAGUGUGUACAGAUGAUUUCUUAAACCCACUCACUUCGACCUUUAUGCAGAGUUGUGUUAUGCUUCUUAUCUCCCAGUUCUUCCAUGUAAUCCUGAAACCCCUGGGACAACCAGGACCUGUCGCUCAGAUUUUGGCAGGACUAGUGCUAGGCCCCUCAUUGUUAUGUCGGAUAAAGAAAGUGAGAGACUUGUUCGAUCAGCGUGAUUUCUCUGAUUACACCGUCAUUGUUUCCUUCGUUUUUCGCAUCCUUUUUAUGUUCAUGAUUGGUCUGGAGACUGAUAUUCCUUACAUGAAACGAAACUUUCGGCAAGCAAGUGUGAUUGCAUGUGGGGGUCUAAUUGCUUGUAGUGCCUUUGGAGCAGCAAUCACUAUUUUUGUGAUCCGCAUGUUGAUAAUAAAAGAGCAUGAGUUUAUUUUUGCCCAUAUGAUCAUGAUAAUCUUAGCAAGCUCAGCUCCUCCAGUGGUGAUUCGUUUGAUAAAUGAACUCAAGUUUGAUACGGCAGAUGUAGGGAGAUUGGCAAUAUCUUCAUCUUUGAUAAAUGAAAUGUCUUGUAUGAUAUGGUAUGAUAUAGUUAUUGCUUUCACCUCAGGCAAAAUGUUUGGUAAUGGGAUGGUAUGCCUUUUUUUCACUUUGGUAGCCACUAUUUUGAAUAGAUUCUUAGUUAUUUGGUAUAACGGAAGGAGACAGGAUCUAAUGUAUUUGCCAGGCACUGAUGUUUUAACCAUUUUGUCCCCCACUAUAUUUUUCUCUUUUCUUAUUGAAGAAUUUGGAUACAAUAGUACAAUUUCUUGUUUCUUCAUGGGCGUGAUGUUCCCCAGGGAAGGAAAAACAACUAGGACACUGUUGCAUAAACUCACUUACUCUGUUAAUAAUUUCAUCCUUCCCAUUUACUUCGGAUUCAAUGGCUUCAGGUUCGAUAUUAGUUAUCUGGGUAGUUUUAGAAAUCUCAUAGUAGUUGUCCUUGUGACCGUGCUCAGCAUUGCGGGCAAAAUUAUUGGAACACUAGCUGCUUGCCAUUAUCUAAAGAUUCCAAGGAACGAGGCAGUGAUCCUUGCUUUUAUUCUCAACUUGAAAGGCCAUGGAGAACUUCUACUCAUUGACGUAGUCCCCAAGUCCAACGCAUUUGGGUGGUGGGAUGAUAACUUUCACAACUUGGUGAUAAUAGUAGUAGUUCUUAACACAUUUAUUGCAGGACCAGUUGUUUCUUGUAUCUUAAAAAGAGGAGAAAAAUACUCUCAAGGUCACAACUCACUUGAAAUUGAUGAUGGUCCACAGAGUGAACUCAGGAUGUUGCUUUGUGUAUACAGCUCUCGCCAUAUAUCAGCAAAAAUUGGGUUAGUCUCAGCAUUGAACAGCUUCCAAAAGGUCCCCAUCAGACCUUAUUUAAUCCACUUAAUUGAGCUACCCAAAAAACGUUGCAAAACCAAUUUGAUGUACCAUGAGCUAGAAGACGGAGAUCAAUUUAGUGAUGAAGAAGACUAUGGUGGAAAUGAUGUGGUAGAGAUAAGUGAUGCUGUAGAUAAUUUUAGUACAGACAAUAAAGUUGUAGUUUACCAUAAAAGAAUAAUUUCAUCCUUUGAAUCCAUGUUUCAAGAUGUCUGCAACAUUGCUGAGGACUUGCGAGUAUCUAUUCUAAUCCUCACUUAUCACAAGCACCAACGUCUUGAUGCGAAAAUGGAAACCAGCAAGGAAGGUAUCAGAAUGAACAACCAGAAGAUUCUUCGCCAUGCUCGUUGCUCAAUUGGGAUCUUUGUAGACAAAGGUCAGACAGGCUUUCAACAGCCUAAUCCUGAACUGGAGCAGAAUGUAUUAACAUUAUUUUUUGGUGGGCCUGAUGAUCGUGAAGCAUUGGCAGUUAGUAAAAGAAUUGCCUGUCACCCUCGUAUUAAUUUGACUGUCACCCGCUUCAUACAAGCAACAUUAGAAGACCAAGACAAAGCAACCAUCAGCAGUAGUGAUGAAGUCCUUUUGACAAUAUCAACAACAUCUGAGGCUGAGGAUGCAACAGACAAUGCCUUCAUUGACGAUUUCCGCAACAGGUAUGUGUCCUCGGGUAAUGUUCGAUAUGUAGAGAAGCAUGUGAACAAUGGGGUGGAAACAUUGGAGGGUUUAAAAGAAUUGAAGGAGAUUUAUUCAUUGAUCAUAAUAGGGAAGAGUUCACGAGGGUGCUCAUCCAUGACAACAGGUUUAAGUGACCAGGAAGAGUGUACAGAGCUGGGGGCAGUUGGAGAUUUCUUGGCUUCUUCAGAAUUCAACAUCAGUAGUUCCAUUUUGGUCAUUCAACAAAAUAGGCAUUCCAAGAAUCAUCCUCAUUGCCUUGGUUGUGACUAGUUAUUGGAUAUUUAUAUAUAUAUAUAUAUGCAGGGACAUAGUUGUACAUGAUGAAAAUUUAUCAGUAGGUUAGCUUUUGGUAAACGUAGUUGCCAAAUGUACAGCUUUUGAUUCUAAGUGUAGUCUGACAUAAUUAUUACUAAACUCUGGAAAGUUUGUUGCCUAAGAAUGCUUGAGUUUUGGAACAGGUUUUUAUUAGUUUCUCCAUAUGGCACUGGGACUGGAUUAACCAUUCU